AUGAAGGCGUCGCUGCCAGAGGCGGAGAUGGCGACGGCGCUCGUGUCGUGGUGCAUUGGGCAGCUGCGCGGCAGCUUUGGGCUGGAUGUCAGCGAGGAGAUCAUCCAAUAUAUUUUGUCUAUUAAUGAUGAGGAAGAGAUUCGAGAGUAUGUCACUGACUUAAUCCAAGGGAAAGAUGGCAAAAAGAAGUACUUUGUAGAUGAGCUCGUAGCCAGGUGGAAACAGUCCUGUUCUACAACUUCUGAUCCUUUGCAGCUGUAUCAGAAAAAGGAUGAUACUUUGGAUAUUCCUCGGCCAGGAGACCAGACAAAGAGAGGAAGGCAUAAAGGGAGAAAUAAACAGGAAACACCUAUUUAUGUUGAAGCCAGUCAGCCUGUAGAGAAAGUAAAAACACCACUUGAUUUAGCCAAGGUCCAGGAGGUCCCCAGAGGUAGCAGCUCCUCUUCCUCCAAGAAGAAGGCAAAAUAUGUCAAUUUGUAUACCAAAGAAGGUCAGGACAAGCUGGCCGUCAUGAUUCCAGGGCGUCAUUCCUGUGAAUGCCUUGCCCAGAAGCACAAACUCAUCAACAACUGUUUGAUGUGCGGGCGCAUCGUCUGCGAACAAGAAGGGUCUGGGCCUUGCUUGUUCUGUGGAACUCUGGUGUGCACCAAAGAAGAACAGGAUGUCCUGCAACGGGAUUCCAACAAGAGCCAAAAGCUGCUAAAGAAACUUCUGGGUGGUGCUGAAAAUUCUGGAAAGAUGGACCUAAGUGACAAAGAUUUACUCCGGCAUCAGGAAGUUCGAAUUAAAUCAGGUCUGGAAAUGGCUGUGAAGCACAAAGAUAAGCUGCUAGAGUAUGACCAAACAAGUGUGAGACGGACUCAAGUGAUCGACGACGAGUCUGAUUACUUUGCUACUGACUCCAACCAAUGGCUGUCAAAGCAGGAGAGGCAGGUGCUGGAGAAGAGAGCGAAGGAGCUGCGUGAGCUGCGGCAUGCCUCUCGGCUGUCCAGGAAGAUCACCAUUGACUUUGCUGGUCGGCAGAUCCGGGAGGAACAUGACAACCUGGCGGAAUAUCACAGCAAAUUGGAUGAAACAGUUGAAGCUAUCAACAGCGGCACUUUGAUCAAGGCAACGCAAAAUCCAGACAGGAAAGUUGAAGAAUUGGGAGUCUUGGUGAAUCCACACAUUCUCCAGCCAGCUCCUAUGUGGGUGGACCAGGCUGGUUUGCUCCCACACCGGAAAAUGGACUUUUCUGCAGAGAGUGGCAAAUACACGGAUUUGGAAAGAGGUCGCUUACGGAUUCAGGAUCGAGAGAUACAGGAGAUUUCAGAUGACGGCUGGUGUCUGAGCCUGCAUCAGCCCUGGGCCUCCUUGCUGGUCAAAGGGAUCAAGAGAGUGGAAGGCCGAAUUUGGUACACAUCACACAGAGGCCGGCUGUGGAUAGCAGCCACAGCAAAAAGGCCUACCCUGCAGGAAAUCUCUGAGCUGGAGGCCACCUACAGAGUGUUAUUCCAGGAAGAUUUGGAAUUUCCCAAGGAUUAUCCCUCUGGCUGUCUCCUUGGCUGCGUGGACUUGAUUGACUGCCUCUCACAAGAGCAAUUUAAGGAACAGUAUCCCCAGCUGAGCCAGGAGUCAGCUUCUCCAUUUGUCUUCAUCUGUUCUAACCCCCAAGAGAUGGUUAUUAAGUUUCCCAUCAAAGGCAGACAUAAAAUCUGGAAGCUGGAUUCAAAGAUUCAUCAGGGAGCAAAGAAGGGGUUAAUGAGGCAGAAAGUAGCCGUGUGAGCUCCCAGGGCACAAAUCCUCCUUUUUCUCCACUGCACUCCCCACUGUACUCACCACUCCUGGGCACAAGAGAAGAAUGGCUCUCAACUCAGCCUGAGACUUCAGAGUGGAGGCCCCAGGAGCACUGAGGAAGAAGCGCGGGCACACUGUGAACUCAAGGGUUUGGUGCAGAAGAAAACAAAGAAGGAAAAUUGCUGUUAACUUGCAUCAUUAUAAUCAAAGCAAAAAAAAAAAAUGUGCUGAGUUGUUUGUGACCAAAGGGAACCCUAGGAGAGGGUGGAAUUAUGCCUUGAUGUCUCCCCCAGGGUCUGGAGGGUUAUCUUAGACCAGCUGGGCACUGUUUGGUGUCCUCCUUGGACUACAGUUUCCAUUCUCUUAAUUAUGGAUGUUGGAAUCUAUAAUAGCUGAAGAACACCAAGUCCAGAAGGCUUUAGAAGCAGCCCUGUGCUAAAAGUUACGGACAGAGAACUUUUCACUUCCUUCUCUGCCUCAGCGGGCUUCCUUUUUCAUAUGGCCUCUUUCCUUUCUUGCUGGAUAUAGAAUCCAGUAGCCAGUUUGCCAUGGGAAUCAUCAUGGCCCACAACAGCACCUGGUUUGGGGAAAGAUGUGCCAGAGUUGUACAAAGCACCAGUCAGAAUUGCUUGCUGAGAAACAGGGACCGGCAUACAUUUAUCCCUUUUAUUAAUUUACAAAGUGGGGCUAAGGUCAAGAGUACAGUUGAGCGUGGGCUAUCUGUGGCUCUCCUCCUGCUCCUAACCCAACACAUCACCUUAAAUAAUUUGCUUUUAUUCAAGUAAACACACCCGUGCACGUGGGCAUCACCAGAGAAUAAGAAGAGCUGGCUAAUGGUGGAUUUGUGUGUAUGAGCUGAAAUGCCAUGCAUUGUGGGUGGAAAAGUGUGUUUUACUUCCUCUCUUUAAUUCUUCUUAUCGAGUGACAUGUUCUGUUCCAAUGGGUUGUGUUUCUAUCUGCCUUGAAAUGCUCUUAGCUCCCAUUUCUACCUUGACCAAGUGCCAACAACUCAGUGUUCCUCAGGAAUACCAACAUGCCAGAGGUGUGUCCUAGCUUGGCUACAGGAAGGAAUUAAGGGAGGCUGUGCAAAUUGAGCCAGAGAUAGGCAGGAGGGAAGUCCACCCAGUAGCGGCAUAGAAGCUCAUGCUGAUAAGGGGCAUGAUAUGUUCCAUUUGGACCUGCUGGUCUUUCUGGACCCACUUCCUGGGUGUGUGAACAGCUGCAGCAGUUUCUGUUCCAGCUCUUGCAAAAGGCUAUUGAGAUAUAGAUGUCCUAGUGCCCUGUGCCCUGACUAUGGGCACAGACAAGCAACACGGCUUUGAGAAAAAGUGGGUUUUUAGUGUUGUAUCUAACUGUAUUAUUUUUAGAUGUGUUCCCUGCCUCGGCCUUUUCUCCGUUUCAGAGACUCCAGAGCUUGCAAAAAGAAAUUGGGAAGCGACUUCUAGGGAAGCAAUGGCAAACGGAGCUGAUGACCGCAGCAGAAUGAGUUACAGGUGAAUGGACCGGUGUUUUGGAAUUCCUCUCCGGACAAGGAGAGGACUCGGGAUAGCUCCCAUGUGCUCUAUACAGCAGCUUCUUGUGAGGAGACCGUAAGAGAGUGGUCUCCGGUGGGUUUAGAACUCUAAGAACCAAGGGAUUUCCAUCUUCACCCAAGCUGUAGUCAGCACCUUUCAAAAGGACACUGGGUUCGCAUAUGUCCUUUCUUAACCACUUCUUGUAAUGAUAUGUGGGAAUGACCUUGAGAGAUGAGGGGAAGAG